GCUCAAUACUAUAAAAUAAGAGAAGAAGCACAAUCAACCAAUCCUUUGAAGGAGGAGGAAUACAGUUCCGAACCAAAUUUGGCAACAAAUCUGAUAUUAAAGAAGCACACUUUCAAAAAGAUUGCACAAGCACCAAAAGAUAUGCCAAAUACCCAGAAUAGACUAAAAGUCAUUGGCAAACUUAAUGACCAAAUCAAAAUAUUAAAUAUCAAAGCUAAAAGUAACCAAAGAGAAUACAAACCAAAAGAAUAUAAACUACAAGAAAGAAAACCAAGAGAGUUCAACCUCGUAAUGAAAGAAAUAGGAAACCCAGACAAGAACCGAAACCUUUUGUUAACAAAGAAGAAGGAACUUACCAGCCCAAAUGAGAAUUUAAAGAAACUAGAAAGACUUUUCAAGGCAAACCAAUCUGAACUAAGUGAUAGAAAGCUAUAUAGCAAGGUACGCCCACAUCUGGCCAAUGAUGACCAAAUUCCAAGGAGUGAAGAUUCAUCUGAAAAAUCUGAGUCUGAAGCAACCAUUUACACAGAGGAGUUAGACUCUAAUUUGUCAAGUGAUUCUUCCAGCUCAGACGAUUCGUCAGAAAACUCUAACCAAAUGAAUUAA